AUGCCUGUGAAAGUUCAUGGGCUGACGGUGCUAGUAGGGAUUGUUUCCAUCAUCAACCUAACAAGGCUGGCGUAUGAGUGUUAGAUUUGCAUGAUCCAUGUCAGAGUGAUCCAUUUUCCCCAGGCCUGAAGGAGCAUUCCUUGCAUCUGGCUGUCCUCAAUAGUGUGGUCAGGAGCAUCUCUCCUGGGCUGGAACAACCACAUCCUGGACAUGCAUGGACCAGGCUGCACUGGAGACUGGCCAUCCAAGGACACCAGACACUCGUCCUUUGUGCUUUUCUUGUUUCUUGGCUGCCAUGGUGUCAUUGCUCAUUGUCAAGGCCGUUUUCUCUUUUCCAUUCAAACUCCCUCACCAGUCACCUCCCUCAUGGCAUGUAUCACCUUUGGCAGCAGUAUGUUUAUGUACUUGUCACCCUCACCAAAUAGUGAACUCCUCAAGAGCAGAGACCCAGUCUUAUUUAUUUCUACAUACAUGCAACAGGGACAAGCAACUAUUUUUGGAAAGAGUUACAGAGGGCCUAGGAAGGAGAAGUGGUGGAAAUUAAGGGCCAAGCUUUUACUUAAUAUUCAACUUUAUUUUCUCCCUACCCAGUUUUAAAGAGCCCUCUUGCAGCUCUUACAUUUCUAACUGCUGAGAUGCCAGACAUUGGCUAAAGACAUAUCUGCAUUUGGGAGAGAAAUGUGUUUAAGAUCCAUUGUGAUGUCAAAGAAAGAAAGGGACAAGCCAAAGCAAAAAGUGACUUUUAACUCUUUUUCCAUCAUUUUUAUCACUAAUGAUGAAUCAUUAUCAGUGGGUAACAGUGACAGAACCAAUGGGUCAAAGGUUGAUGUAAUCCAAGUUCAUCCUUUACAGGAAUGAAUAACAGUAAUGAACAGUGGGACUUAAAUCAGCCACCAUUUAGACUAUCAUUAAAAGGACCAUUUUGGAAUUCCCCAUUCUGUGUAAUAUUAACAGAACUUCUGUGAUUCAGAAGGGAAUCUGAAUUGCUCUUGGACUAUUUGACCUCAGGGAGCAAUUGAGCAAGACAGAUUCUUUUAAUUCAGUGGUUGCUUUAUACAAUGGAAAAUCACUUGUGGCACAAGCUGUGUAUCAGGCACCAUCAACUUCUAACAUGUCAGAAAUUUUCACUUCAAAUACAUAUUUUUAAAUGACUGAAUUUUCCAAAGCACAUAAUAUAUUUCUCAAAAAAUAAAAAAAGAGACAUCCUUAGCAGUUAAAAUUAUGGGGCUGCCAGGGCUGGCAGGUGGCCCGGACCUGGGUUUCGGUUUCCCCUGAAAUGGUGGGAUUCCCCGCCCCCAUCAGGUAACCUGGAGCCAGC